UUUAACUUGAAUUUCAGCAACCUUCAUUUGGAGGUCAAAGGUCAAGUGUGUCAUGACCCCACGGGAGCAGCUGAGGAAGAUGACAGCGCUGGGGGAGCAGGGGGCUUUGGAUGAAAAGCACUGGUACCGCCUGGUCAACGGCAUGUCAACUGGAGAGCUUAGACAGAGACAGGAGUUAAUAAUGAGGAACCAGAUGGCCAUGGCUCCGCAGAUUCUCGCCCAGGGGCAACAGAGGUUACAGGGAGUCCCAGCACAGUUUGAACCUCAUUUCAUGGAGAGGGAGUUGGUUCAACCCAAUGAGAUGGUUGCCUCAGAGGCCCGACAGAUCCACAUGGGGCCUCACCUGGGUCCACCUCUUCCCCCACAUGCCAACAUCAUGCCUGGCAGAGCUUUCCCUGGAGCAGCCGGCUAUGGCUUCUUGCCCUCAGAGCCUAUGGAAACAGUUGCCCGGCGACAGGAGCUCAUUCACAAGCAAAACAUUGCCAGAAUGGAGAUGAAUGCCAUCCUGCACCAGAAGGAGCUGGAAACUGCCCACCAGAAGGGACUGAUAGGACUCGACAAUCCCAUGGCUUACCCUUCCAACCCCAUGGCCUUCAGAGGUCGUCAGCGCAUGCCAGACGGCCACGAUGUCUUUGUCCACCGCUCCACACUGGACGAACUUCACUCCAACAGCAUCCUCAUGUCUGCCAGCCCUUACCCGCCAAUCAGCACGUUGCACAGAGAGAGGGGACGAAGGGCUGGCAGAAGGCCGACCGCUCACAAGUGUGCAGAAAGUCACGUGGCCAACUUGAAGGGCCAAACUGAGGAUAAAAGUGUAGAGCAGAGCCCAGGGGCCACUUCAGGGGAGGAGAAAGAGGCAGAGGCCAAGGGGGACAUGGGAGAGGAGUGUGCUACCACUAAAACACACCAUCAAGCAAAAAUAGAGUCAGAACUUGCUACGGGAGGCAGGAAGAACUACAAAGAAGGGGAUACAGCCCUGCGUAAGGCCUGUGUGAACACUCAGGACAGCUGCUCUGAUGUGGCCAACAGUGGCACAAACGAAAAAGACAUAUCCAGCCAAUGUUCAGCUUUCCAGGAGAAGUUCAUGUAUCCCUCAGCAGGAGGAGCCCUCCCGGGGAUGCCUUACAUGUUCCCAGUCCCUGGAAAUGGCUUCCUCCCACCUGGUCCACGGAAUCUCUUUCUUAAUGGUGAUGAGGUGUCAGAGGACAUAAGGAAGUGGACAGUGAAUGACGUUUACAACUUUGUCAACAGUAUACCCACAUGUGCAGAAUACGCUCAGACAUUCAAGGACCACAUGAUUGAUGGUGAGACACUCCCCCUCCUCUCAGAGGAGCAUCUACUGGACACGCUGGGGCUGAAGCUGGGGCCGGCUCUAAAGAUCCGCUCACAGGUGUCCAAGCGUCUGGGCAACAUGUUGUACAUGAUGAACCUGCCGCUGCCCACCGCCCCCCUGCACGCCACCCCGGAGAAGCCCGGUGACCGCUCCUCAGAGAUCGGCUCCCCUGUUAACUGCAACAGUGAGGAGAUGGUGGGGAGUCCAAGAGACCCUGAAGUCCUCAAAUCCACAGAGCACCUUCAUGAGACAGAAAACAAUUCCCCUCCAUCUGCCAGCAGCGAGACAGUCUGA